AUGAUAGCAGCAGAUCAGAGUAUGAUCAAAGGCUACAAAAGGCGAGCCGCAACCGCUGGAGCUUCCAGAAGACUGGAGCCGCUGGAGGCGAACCGAACGAGUCUGCGAGGGUCCGAGGCCAAAGGAGCCGAAGCUCCGACUCCGCCUCGCUCCCGCGGGCGCGGGCGCUCGUGCUCAGGCGGAGGCGAUCCGCGUGCGCGCUGUGCCGACCGAACCGGCCGGGUCCCGGCGAGGAGGGCUUCUGGAGCGGGGAAUGCGAAGUCGAUGGACGAAGUGAAGAUGAAGAGGAUCCAGUGGUCCGAGGAGAAGAAGAAUCUCUUGAUGAAGAAGAUCUUUGCUCUCUUGCAAAAGGUCUCCGCCAGCCGCCGUCGACACCUGUUGGAGUCAUGGACUCCACGCCAUCGCCGGGCCCUGGAGGCCUGGUGCCUCACGUCUCAAGACGCCCGAGGGCGCUGCCGGGCGCCGGCGCCGGCGCUGGCCGCGCCGGCCGCGCCGGCCGCGGCCGGAGCCGCUGGAGCCGGGAGUGGAGCGGCGGAGUGGCCGGACGCCGGAACUGCGGAGCUGCGGAGUUCCGACCGACGUCAGAUGCGUGGCAUCGCCUCGUUCUACCGCAAGGGGACGGUGUUUUACCAGGUGAGCCUUUGCAUCCAGAGCCUGUGCAUGACGGCGCGGAAGGUGCGGGAGCUGGACCGGGCGGUGGACAUCUUGCUCAUGCUGAUGUCAAUCAAGCAGAAGAUGGGAGGCAUUGUGGAUCCGUCACUUUUCGUCCAGAAGAUGACUGAUGCUGUUCCUGCAGCCUUCGAGGAGUACGGAGUCACAGCAGAGGAGAUGGGUCUGCGCUUUCAGGUGAUGAUGUGUAUGCGCUUUUGGGUGCGACCACCGCUGCACACGCCGCAGCAGGCCAAGCUGGAAGAUGCUCUACAAGCGUGGUCUCGCCUCACGCGCUUCCGAUCACCUCUGGGUCAAGGAGCACGGGGCUUUGCCCGGAUGGACCUAAAGGAGCUUGAGGAGCGUUGGCGCGCCUUCCGAGAGGUCUAUUUGGAUAUCCUGACAGAGGGAGGGCCUUCCGACCAAAGCCGCCGCUUCAAUGCGAGUCGCCGCUUAGAUGCUUUGGCCGAGGUGGAAUGGGCGCGUUGCAGCACCGCGGCGGAGCUGUUCCGCGUCGACCUGCAGUGUUUGCUCGAGGACUCUGGCGCCCGUUGGCACGCAGCGGCGCAAAGCCUGGGCGAAGCAGCGCGGAAGGGAGAUCUCAACGUGAUGAUGGCGAAGCUGUUGGACGGAGGUGAUCCGAACGAAAGGGACCAUCUACAUCCCAAGUACACUCCCCUACACCGUGCAGCCUCCGGCGGUCACAGACAUGCAGUGCGACUGCUUCUCAAAGCAAAAGCAGAUGUGCUGAUGAGAGACCGCUUGGGUUUCAGCGCUUUACACUUUGCGGCGAAUCAAUCGGUUGGUUUGGUCUCUGACCUUGUGGAAGCCAAGUGCGAUGUGAAUGCGGCCAACCUGCAGCAGAUGACACCGUUGCACAGUGCCGCUGGAAUGGGCCGAGUGGACAUUUGUGAGUUCCUCCUGGCCGCCGGCGCCGGCGCCGGCCCGCACGGCCUCGCCACGCCCGCGGACCUCGCGCGGCGCGCGGCGGAGCGGCGGCCCGCAAGGUCCGUGGAGCAGGAGGCCUGUUUGCGGCUGGCGGAGCGGCUGGUGCAAGCGAGUGAGGCGAAAGGCUCGUGGUUUUAUGAGAGUGAACCCGUGGACUCCGGCCACUUGACCUCUGAAUGGCUUCCAUUCACCUCAACAGCCUCUGACGAGCUCGAGGCCGCACUUCUGCGUGGCGAAGAAGAGCUGGAGAUUCAGACUCCUGCGGGCUAUCGGGUCCUAGUGGAUCUGAAAUCGAAGCUCCAACGCAACACAGCUACCGGCUGCACGCGCCGCGUGCGCCGCGACACGCCGUCGCCGGCGCCGGACCCGACGCUGGAGCCGCGUGCGCCAUGGGUCCCGGCGGCGCCGGGGCACUGGGGAGGACUGGUGUCCACGGGUGCACAGAAGUGGCGCGUGACCAGCACAUCUUGA